GGCCCUAUUGCAACCGCGGACAGACAGAGGCAAGUGGACCGGUUGAAAGCUAAGCUAACUAUUUCAAUUGAAAGCCGGUUAAUGUCUGUUUUUGAGCUAGUUUCGUACUCAAUACAUGCGCGGACACGUUUCCAAAAAUUCCGAACUACAUGGAAGUAUUUCCUCUCUUAGGCUAACAAGCGGAAGUGGACGUUUAUUUUUGAUAAAGCGCUUCGGCGGUGCUAGUUGAACAGGCAGCGGGUAGGCGCCACUUCUGUUUGACAACAGAGCUAUUCACUCACGUUCUUCUUGUUGUUGUUUUUGGAGCAGCUUACUGGAGUAGAUCAUUCCUCUUAGCUACAAGCAGUCAAGAAAGAAGCCGCACUCUAAAGUAGUUUUUACGUCUGUCUCUAAAUAUAAGUUAGUAUGGCAGAAUUCCUCGAAGAUCCGUCGGUUCUCACGAAAGAUAAGCUGAAGAACGAGCUCACAGCGCACAAUGUCCCGCUUCCGAGCGGGGAGCAUAAGAAGGAGGUUUAUGUGCAGUUAUAUCUGAAGAACCUGACCAUACUCAACAACAAGAAGAUUCCGCCUGUAGACACCUUCUCCAGCGACGAAGAGCUGUCCACCCCGGUGGUGUCCAACAGGAGCCGCUCUGGAAGAAAAGCCACAAAAAAGACGGAUAAACCCCGCACAGAGGAGGUGGAGGUGACAGAGCUCACAGAUGAAGAUUUGAAACAACAGCUGGCAAAGCAUGGUGUGGACACUGGACCUAUUGUUGCUUCUACCCGUAAAGUGUAUGAGAAGAAGCUGCAGAAGCUUUUGGAUGAGCCUGCAGCUGAACCCGGAGCUCCUACAGAUGUCACAACUCUCCCCAAAGCAGACAGUAACCAGAACGGCAACACAAAUUCUGACAACUACAGUGACAAAGAAGAUGAAGAGAUUCCUGCCCCGGAACUAGAACCAGUUCCUGUGGUUGAGAAGCCUACAAGGAGCAGAGGGAAAGCUCCUGUCACAGUCAGAACCAGCAGCAGACGACAAACCAAGGUUGUGGAGGACGUCGUCCUUGAAGAGACGCCGAAGAAGGCCAGCAAGAGUGUGGUUGAAGAUAUCCUCGCCAAUGAAAUAAGCACACCAACAGGCAUCAGUGCCACCUGCAGGCGUCCAAUCAGAGGGGCCGCCGGUCGACCAUUAAAACCCAGCGAGUACUGGCUGGACGAGUCCCGCGUGCAGCGUACCGUCCACACAGAGAGCCGCACCUACACCGAGAUGUAUUCUCAACCAAGCAGCGCCGUCUGCAUGAGCAAGGCUCCGGCCCGGCGUGGUUUCCUGUCCCUGUUGCUCAAACUCCUGCUCCUUGUUUUGGUAUGUGGUUCCCUGUACUAUGCGUACCAGAACCUCAGUUCGGAUCAGGUUGACGCCCUGAAAGGCCUGCUAGACAACGUUGUCAUCUCAGUCCAAAGUGCUGUGGAGACGGCAGCCAACUACCUGGGCUUUAGCAGCAGCAGCGCCAUCGUGGCCCCCGACAACUAAAGAACCCUGAGCAGCUCCUCGCCCGGAUCACCUCCCUGCCACAGCGCGCCACAACUCGAACAGCAGGCCAUGUCCAUCUCUCCUUUCCCUUCAUGUUUAAACAAAAAGACAAAGAUUUAAUUGGAACAAUAGACUUUAUUUUACCAGACUCUGACUUUCCUCUCACCACAGGAAGGAGGAAAGUUACUCAAAACAGUAGCUUCUGGGUAACGCUGUUGCACGACAGUCAGAAGAGAAGACUUAAAUGUUGAUUUUAAUCUGUGAAUUGUUUGUGUCUUCGUGUGCAUUUAACCCGUAUACAUGUAGAAUCGAGUGUGGAAUGGAGCGGCCAGUUUAUCCAUGCAUGAUUGUAGUUUUUAUCCGACGCUCUGUGCCAGGUGUUUUUCUGACAGUAAAGUGCCUGGUAACUUGUUAGCACUUAGAGACCCCCCCAUUAAUUUUGUUACUUUUGUGUUUCAUGUCCACACACAGAACAGCGCUUCUAAAACCAUAAUGUUUUCAUGAAUUUAAAAAUUGGCUUUGUAGCUGUUGAGGUAGGUAGUUAUUUUUUGUUACGGCGGUGGUGCUCAGGUCGAUUCGUUUCAGGCAUUUUGUUCUGGUUUGUGGUGGGAUGAGACAGGCGGUACAAGCAGAUCACUGCAUGAGGAAAAUCAACCGGUUAAAAAUAUUUUCCACUGUCUUUCCCAGUGGCUUUCAGUAAUGAUGAGUAAACUAAACUCAGUAGUGAAAUCAUGAUUUAACUGACCAUGAAUUGAAUUUUUAUGUUGUCUUUUAUUGGCAUUGUCAUGAACCUAGAAAAAAUCCAAAUUAAAGUGUAUUUUUGUUUGUAUCGACUGCCAUAUGUUUGACUUAAAUGAGAACUAAAUGUAAUUCUUAUAUUAGUCCUUAACUGUGAGCUCAUAUAAGUUUAUAUUCUCUGUAUUGUGUUUUCAGUCACGUCUUUCAUUUUAACCAUUGUUAUGAGAUUUCUGAUCCUUCAGUCCGUUACACAGGGCUGGCUGUUGCAGUGCACCCACAUAGCCCACCUCAAAGAGCUGCAAAGACAACACCUGGAGGAAAGUGACUCACUUCUGGACGUUUUAACACGGUCUAUCCUUAUCCACACAAAACUUCUGCCUGGGCAAAAUUACACCAAGUACAGCCAAUGUUGCGUAGACUUUGGUUUGUUACUUGACAGAAAUGAGUGCUCGCUCCCUUGGAGGUGAUGUUUGGGGUGGAACAGGUUUUUGAGGGGUUUUGUUUCUAUUUUGAUAUUUUUCUAAAGUGGCAUGUUCAAGGUUUUUUAUAGAUUUAAAGCAAUAUGUUAGACAUGCAAGUAACACUGUAUAUUGAUCUGAACUUUGCUGAAUUAAAUCAAGUGAUUCAUAUUCAGGCAGCUCCAACAAUGGACACACGACUGGGGUUAUGUGGGUAAGGAUUUUUAAUCUGUUUAUUUAUGAUAAUGUAGGCUGUGUGGCAAAAAAUAAAUUCGGUUGUCCCCAGA